GGAGAUCCACUGGGGUCGGCGGCCGGAGCUCCACAGCUCGUCCGUUCGUUGGAAGCUACGAGUCGUUGCGGUAUAAACCAGAGACUUCCUUUGCUUGGGCCGCCGGCCAUCCCCACUCCCAUCCUCCAGCGCCUACUUUGCCGCUUUGCUCUGCUCUGCUGUUGGUUCCGAGAUCACCGGAGCACGCAACGCAACCAACCAAGGAAGAAAGAGGGUGAACAUGAGGUGGGCGGCGUUCUUGUGGGAGGGCGCGUCCGGCGGCGCACGCCGCCGCCCGGGCGUCUCCAACCUCCUCCUCGUCGUCGCAGCCGCAAGUAGUGGAGGCCUCGUCGCUUAUGCGGACUCCGGAUCAGAUGCUGCUGUUGAGAAGCCCCAGCUUCCUCAGAGGAAGAAAGUUGUGGUGCUUGGGACUGGUUGGGGUGGCACCACAUUCCUGAGGAAUCUCGAUACCAGAUUGUAUGAUGUGCAGGUCAUAUCUCCCCGGAACUACUUUGCUUUUACACCAUUGCUCCCAAGCGUCACUUCUGGAACAGUUGAGCCAAGGAGCAUCGUCGAGCCAAUUCGAAGGGUUUUGGAGAAGAAAGGUGAAGAAAUCAAAUUUUGGGAAGCAGAGUGCUUCAAGAUUGAUCCACAAAACAAGAAAAUCCAUUGUCGCUCGAAUCUUGGGACAAAUCUUGAUGGAAAUGGUGAGUUCUUGGUUGACUACGACUAUCUUGUGGUAGCAGUUGGAGCUAGGGUAAAUACAUUCAAUACUCCUGGUGUGGUCGAGAAUUGCCACUUCUUGAAGGAAGUUGAGGAUGCUCAGAAGAUCCGACGGAGUGUGAUGGACUGCUUUGAGAGGGCAAGUCUCCCCUUCCUGGAUGAAGAAGAGAGGAGGAAGAAUCUUCAUUUUGUUGUUGUCGGUGGUGGACCUACUGGAGUGGAAUUUGCAGCAUCUUUGCAUGAUUUUGUUACUGAAGAUUUAUCCAAGCUUUAUCCCUCGAUUCAGCACCUUGUCAAGAUAUCAUUGAUUGAAGCUGCAGAUCACAUACUGACCAUGUUCGACAAGAGGAUAACAAACUUUGCUGAGGAUAAGUUUGGAAGGGAUGGCAUUGAUGUGAAAACUGGAUACAAAGUUGUGAAGGUUUCUAAGGAUGCUAUUACCAUGCAAAAUCCUGGCACUGGGGACAUCUCAGUUCCUUAUGGAAUGGCUGUCUGGUCCACUGGUAUUGGAACUCGUCCAUUCAUUGUGGAAUUCAUGAAACAAAUUGGCCAGGGCAAUAGGCGUGUCUUAGCCACUGAUGAAUGGCUAAGGGUCCGUGAAUGUGAUGGUGUCUAUGCAAUUGGUGAUUGUGCUACAAUAAACCAGAGGAGAGUAAUGGAAGAUAUUUCAGAAAUAUUCAGAGUUGCAGAUAAAGAUAAGUCUGGAACCUUGACUGUGAAAGAGAUUCAAGACGUGUUGGAUGAUAUUUCCAUGAGAUACCCACAAUUGCAGCUCUACCUUAAGAGCAAGCAAAUGAAUGGUAUUGCCGAUUUAGUAAGGAGUGCGAAAGGAGAUGCUGAGAAGGAAUCUGUGGAGCUGAAUAUCGAAGAAUUCAAGAAGGCUCUUUCACUGGUGGAUUCACAAGUCAAAUUCCUACCUGCAACUGCUCAGGUGGCUUCGCAGCAAGGGCAAUAUCUUGCUAGGUGUUUCAACAAGAUGAAGGAUGCUGAAGAACACCCUGAAGGCCCCAUCCGCAUCAGGGGAGAAGGCCGCCAUCGGUUCCGCCCCUUCAGGUACCGGCAUCUGGGCCAAUUCGCCCCUCUAGGAGGUGAGCAAACUGCUGCACAGCUUCCUGGAGACUGGAUCUCCAUUGGCCAUAGCUCUCAGUGGCUCUGGUACUCCGUGUAUGCGACCAAACAAAUCAGCUGGCGCACGAGGAUGCUGGUGGUAUCUGAUUGGGCACGUCGAUUCAUCUUCGGAAGAGACUCAAGCUGCAUAUAAUUAAGAAGGGAACUAAAGUUUUUUGCUGUGACAUAUUCAGAUGAUCAGGGCCAUUAGAGCCUUCUCCCACUAUGAGUUUUGUUUCACAUAAAAGUUCUUUUUUUUGUUAAGGGAAGAAUGAAAGUUCCCUUGCACUUGUAUAGUGCACCACGAAAUUCCUUUGUACUACACUUUUGGAGAGAGUUGUACUUCACUUUCGCGGCCUGAGCAAGCUCAGAUUCGUUUAAUAGCCUUUUUGUACCACUAAGAUAUGACGUGCAAGGGGUCAGUUUGGCCCUGAUUUUGUUCUGUGAAAUUCUGUUUUGUCUGUCCA